CUGGGCCAUAAACAUGGUCGCUUGCUCUUGGAAAUUUCAACAUAUUUCCGUGUACAGUAUUUGAGUUAAAUUCCAAUCAAUAAAAGAUCGAAAAGAAACUAGAAAGUGUAAAUAAAUGUCUGGUUUUUACUACUUUGCAAUUGUGGGGCAUAAUGAUAAUCCAGUAUAUGAAACAGAGUUCUCUCCUCAAAUGAGAUCUAGCCACUCCAGUGCAGAAUCUGGUAGAGAUCAGAUGAAGGUAUCACAGUUUGGAGUUUAUUAAUUUUAAAAUAUUUAAUGGAUUUCGAAAAUUUAAUAGUAGAUAUAUAGAAAACAUCAAAGCUGCAUUCCCAAGGUCUUAGUUGCAUGAUACAAACCUUUCACAGUGGUGUAUGCCAGAACAGCCAGAUGCUGAUUCAGGCUGACCCUGGAAAUUGCAUGCCGGAGAUUUCAAGAAUUUAAAUUAAAUAUAGUAUAAUUAAUAGAUUAAAUAGAAAGCAUCAAAAUUGCGCGCCGGCAAUUAGGGGUGCAUCGGAACCAGUUUUUUAAGUUCCGGCCGGAACUGGAUCCGACCGGAACUGGAAAAAAGUUCUGGCCGGAACCGGAACUAAUUUAUUAAUUAGCCAUAUAUAGUCAUAUGUUACUUUGUCCGCUGCCAGAUAGGCAGACACUUCAAGUCAUCAAGGAGAGAGCUCGCAAAUGUUAGAAUAGAAAGAUUGACAAGUGUUAAAUGUCAUAAUGAAGUGUUAAUAGUGUACAUUUCCCUUGCAUAGUCCAAAUUUCUUCCUACUGUGACCUUUUGUUAGACACAAAAACGUUUGAUAUUCUAUCUCUCUGAAAACAACAGACUUCUGUCUUAUGGUCACAGCCACUGCAUUGCUGUUUUGUCUCCUGCUUGACUCACUGACCAUGCUACUUAAUUAGCCUUUCUCACGAACACCAAAAUCCACCAUUUUUGGUUGACUGUCUGUCCUUGUGAAAGAUUCCAGACAAUUCAAACAUGUGAAAAGCAUCUUGUAAUUUAAUUACCAUUAUACAAACAGAACAACUACAAUAUUAAAAAGAUGCAUUUCGUGGUGCGGAAACUCUUAAGGUGGCUCCCUAGGGUUUUAUUCCUGGGGGUUACGUUCUUCGUAUAUAUGUAAACUAUCGCGUGUAUUGUGUGACUUCAAAAUACAGACGAAAGUUGUGCUUUAUAUGGAACUUUUUUUAAACAAAUGUGUGAACUUUGCUUUAGUUUAAAGCAUAAAAAGAGUUCUAAAAUCCACAACAAUACUUGGAUGUGAUGUUUCAGAAGAAGAUAUUAAAUAAAUGUAAAUUUUUUUUUUCAAGCGGUAUUUUGGACGUUUUUGACCACCGUACGCAAGGGUCACAUUCGCGAACAUUGGAUAUAAAGUUUCCUCAAGUAUUUGCAGUGUUUUCUGCACAAUCUAGCAGCACUGAUGACAGUAAAGCACUUAUGAGCCGUCUACGAGUGAAAUGAGCAGGGCCGAAACUCCACAAACAUACCACGUACCGUAUAACUGAAAUUUGAACGGGUGUUUUGUGAAAACAUCGGACGAUAGUAUAUAUAAACUCGCACAGGACGAAUUUUGGCAAACUUUUUCAAAUUAAUACCAACAUUAAGCCAUAAACAGGAAUUACCUAAAUAUAUUUGCCAAUCUUACAUGUAAUAAUCAACACUUAGUUGACCAUUGACCGACACAGUAAAACAGUAUAUCAAACAUAAUUUAUAUUUUGUAAUUUAAUUUUAAAAAAUGCAUGCCUUAGCUUGUUGUUUACGAAAUGCAUGUACACAUAUGUCAGAUGUGAUAAUUGUUCGCGUCACAUUUCGUAAGAAAUGCCAAAAUUGAACCUAAAUUUUUUUAAAACUUCGCACAUUUCUUAAUUAAUAUCGGCUCAACAAAUGCAAUGGCCUUUUUUCUUAAAAUUCAAUUGAAGGGGUAUUUUUUAAUAUUGAUUUUUAAUGUUUUUUAAAUUUUUAUCCGUUGACGGUUUUAUUUGCUUUUGAAAACUGAAUAUUUGCGUCGCGUUGCCGAAUCGCGUCCGGUCUGUGUGGGCCUAAAGGCUGUAAUUUGACUCAUCAGAAUCUACAAGCUAUUAAGAUUCGUUGACUGAAAUUAUCAUCAUGAAUACAAUUCCCAGAAGCAAUUUUGGAUCUGAUGAAUCAAUCAUGUGAAUCUUACAAAGAAACUUUUAAAAACUCUAUUUCAAACUGGAUCACUUUUCUUUCAUUUCCGGAAAAACCUGUUGGCAUUUCUGGAAAAAACGCUUUCUGGAAAAACCGGUUGUCUGUGUUACAAUUAUGUACCACACAGAGCUGUGAUCACUAAAAAACAAGUGGUUAAUUAACAUACGUAGUUUGUGCCUAUAUUAACCACAUUGUCAUAUGUAUACUUACAGUGAUUUCACAUAUAUAUUAUACAUUGAGCAAUAUGUUAAAUUAAUAUUAAAUUAAAUGUAUUUUUUAAACAGAAAAAUAGUGAUCCCCAUUUGCACCAGUUUGUUGUUCAUGCAUCUCUUGAUCUUGUUGAUGAAAUGAUGUGGAGUACAAAUAAUAUGUAAGAAUACUGGGCCUAUAUAUCAUGUUUUUACUGCACGGUUGACUUAAGUGACUGUGCACUUUUGUAUGCAUGGGAGUAAAAUUCAUAUCAGAUGGAAAAAUAGAUUGAUGGAGUCGAAGUUCUGGCAGGAGCUCACAAAUAUUGUUGUCUAGACCUCUAUGACAUAACCAUUAGUGGAGCUUUAAGACAUUCAUAAUUGUUUAUAAAUUAUCUGAAUUAAUAUUAAUUUAUAGUUUUAAUCAUGUCAAUCUGCAUGGGUGGAAGCAGAAUUGAUUACUGGUUUAAAACUACAGUAGUUUGAAUAGGAUUAAUUCCUGGUAAGAUUAUGAAUAUACUUCUGGUAGGAUAUAUUAAUAUUCAAAAUAAAAUAUGGAAGGUUGGAAUAUUAAAUAUAGUAGGACUGGUGCAGGAAUAUUGAAGGAAAAAAUAUUCUGCUUCCAUCCCAAAUGUCAAUGACAUAUGUUCUGACUUAUUGUAUCCAUCCUGGAACCCAAUGAAUGUCUCGCAGACCCCUUCCACGAAUCCACACUCAUUUGCCUUUGUGGAAGAUGACGUGUUGCUAAACCUUUAUCAUAAAAUACACUCAUUUUCGCUGUUUAUAGCCAUUUCUUGCUUAUCAUUUCACAUUUGUCACUGAUCACUUUACACUAUCCUAAUUGGGAUAUCUCUGAGCUCCUUUUCCUUUUCAGGUAUUUAAAAGUUAUUGACAGAUUUAAUGAAUGGUCUGUUUCUGCCUUUGUCACAGCUGGUGAUAUCCUUUUCCACAUUGUUAUAUUUGCAAUAGUUUGUUAAUAUAAUUGUUAUAAUUAGACACUUAUAAUAAUAUGCACCAGCAGGGCUUUCAAAAUUAUUUUAAAUAAGC